CUCUCCCCGGCCUUCAGCUGUAAACAUGGCGCAAGAACCCUGGAAUAAAACUUGUAUCCCGUUUCCAAGUGCUGUUUCUUCGAGUCGAAUCCCAUUUACUGACUCAAGUGAUAUCUUGAUUGAAAGUCUGCUGACUGACUGUGAGAAAGUUUUGACCCUGUUAUGUAGUGAAGUUCUACAGGCAGAAAUCCGUGUUCUUUACGAACUUCUUUACGUUUUGAACAACGGCUUUAGACAACACAAGCCAUUCAGAGCAUUAAAACAGGUUGAACAAUGCAUAAACCGUUUGAAAGAGAUGAAGUUACAAGCAGCAGUGGACGAUCUGAAGGAACUGUGUCCAGACAAAUUUCAGACGGAUGCUGGAGCAGAGGUUGGGGAGUGUGACGUUCCCAGUCAGCCCAUGUUGGAGUGGCUCUGUCUCAAACUACUAGGAGCCUCCAGUCUUUUAGCCCGAACGCUGGAGCGGUGCACCCAAGCUUUCAUACUGACACGGCAGCACCUGCUGCUAAGCGAGUUCGUUGUGCUGAAUGUGGUGAUAACCAGCAUGCUUAGUCGUCUCUGGGUGUUCUUCAGAGGUAUUUUGAGAGCCCUCAUCCCCAUGUACAAAAGAACCACUGAACUCCUCCAGAAGGUGUCUCAGUCUCAGCCCAUGGCCUACCUGACAGACUUCACCCUGCCUGGGGACCUGAAAGACUUCCUGUGCCUCUCAUACCCAGAUCUACUGUUGGAAGAAGGCACCAAAGACCCUUUAAGGGCCAAAAAAGGGAAACAAAAGUCCAACUUUUCUCUCCUUUCCAGGUUGUUUGAGGGUAAAGGGCAUGAAGACGGUAAUGGAGAAGAGGAGAGAGAGAUGAUGCCGAUAAUAGCUGCCGGUUAUGAUGAAGGUUCUAGUCUGGACCUGGGGGCAGCAGUUUUACAGCGACGGCCAGAUGUCUCACCCUGUGGACUGGACAUGAAGGUUGUGCUUCAACGAUCUUGUAAAUCCACCAAACGGGUAUCUAAUCUUGACCCAAAGAUGAAAACGGAAAUCUCAAGUCAAGCUGCAGUCUUUCAAAAGAGGAAGUUCUUGAAGUCGCUGACGAAGGUGUCUUCUUUCAGAAAUAUGGCUGCCCAUCUGAAGGAAAUGAUGCACUGGUGCCGGAGCAGUAAGUUUCAUCAAGAGCGUAAGCACCUGGCCUUCUUGCACCUGAAAUGUCUGAGAAUGGAGAGUCUGGAAGCUGAAGUUGUCAGGGUGGAGAAGAGAUUGAAGAGGUUUAAGUUAAAAGUUCAAAAGGCAUUGCUGCUUCAAAACACUUUGCCACAAAAACAUUCCAGUUCCUUCAUUGCACUUUGGAGAACUCGGUGGCACCAUGGAAGCUUCAUGGCACGCUACAGAACUGCCAGACGUAGAUCUGCAUUUUCCAGGAAGUGUUCUAGACCAGUUAAAGACUUGUUUGUUUCAUUGAAACACAGGCCACAGCAACAAUCCUCAAAAGAAGAGGUUUCAGGAAACAAUAAGGUACCUGGAGCUGAGGAAAAAAUGGACUUGCAGACUGCCUUGCAGAAACCAAAUGUGCUAAACGAUGAUAUUGAUGAUAUUUUUGCAUCACUUGGAUUUUAAGUGGUUCCUAGUGUUGGUUGAAUAGAUGAUUUUUAUUUAUUUUUUUUGACAAACCUGGGCACAAAAAUUGACCACAUUACUGUAAUAAAAGCUACAGUUAAAUAAAAUGGUGUAUAUUGUAUGUGACUUUUUCUGCACAAUUUUUAUUUUGUAGAGAAAUAAUGUUUAAUUUUGGAUUGACAAAUGACAGAUGAUUGACAAUGAACUGCAUGAAAUGUGAAAAUCCAAAGUAAUAAACUGAAAGAAUAAAACUGUAGUCAAAAGGAAGUU